UCCUCAGUCAACCACUCCAUAGAUAUAACUGAGCUGGAGCCUUUCACAGAUUACACGUGUACAGGUCUGAUAAAAGACAACGGUGUCUUCAUCAAUAAAACAACUCGUCCUCUCAGCUUCAAGAUCGACUGUGAUCUCACAACAACCUACAAAACCAAAGCUCUUACCAACAUUUCCACUGAGCUGGUUCUGGAAACAACCAGUAAAAACUGUCCAGACGUCUCAAAUCUGAGGAAUCUUUCUUAUCACUUUUCAGAUGUUUGCCAAUGUGAAACACCAGAGGAUAUCGGUGAUUUGACCGUGGCUCAACCAGAUAACAAUGUGAUAAAAGUAACCUGUGCUUAUAGCGCCAAUGGUUUCAAAGGACCUGAGAGGAAGUUCACAGCACGUCUUCAUAAUGUUGAUGGCAGCCAACAAACUAAAAGAGAAUGUAGUUUUGAAUUCAAAGAUCUGAGUUACCCGACAACCUACACAGUG